AGAAGUAGGAAGGUUUUACAAAAUGAACUUUACUUAUGUGUCAUAAGUUUAAACCUCUUCAUAUACAGUAAGGAAUAUUGUAUAUAAUUGCGACACUCAAUAACUGAGCGCAUUGUCGGACACUAGCGUAUUUCCAAACAAACGAUGAACAUAGUGAAAUAAACAUGGACAAUAAUUUAACAAUGAAAAAAGGAUUGUACCUAGUAUUGUUGUGUUGCUUCAUUGAUGUUCUUAUAUGUUUUGGUGGGGCUUAUUGUAAAGUUGAUGUUAAAAAUGGUGACGCCAUACAGCCUCAAAUGAAUAUUCUUAAACGGAAGUACAAAAAGAACGCUGAUCAAACAUGGAGCCUAGUGGCAACUUCCGGUCAUUGGGCACUCGUGUUCCACUACAUGUCAAUAGAGAAGUCCAUCAACUGUCAACACGAUUAUCUGCAGAUACAGGAAUAUGACCCUAUCUCAAGCGAUGCAGUAUAUCAUCCUGUAAGAUAUUGCGGAGAAGUUGCACCUCUGCCGUACAUAUCAAAUACAUCCCGAAUAACAAUACGCUUUGUCUCAGAUAACAUAUGGGAACUCAAAGGUUUCAAUAUAACAGCUAUUCACGGCGAACAAAAAGAAUAUCUAAAAGCAAAAAUACACGAGAUGUCGAGCAAGUAUACUGUAACAUUAGCAUUGGAAGCGGAGGAGACAAAUAAAGGCGUUUCAACUGAACGAGGAGCAAUAUUUUACAUUUUGAUUGGUUGUUCGGCCGGUGCUCUUGUUUUAUUUAUUAUCCUGCUUUCUUAUUUCGUCAUCGCCACGCGCAAACAGAUUUACACACACGGAACAAAUGUUCCCAAACUAUCCUACAACGCCGGUGUUCCGCAGCUUAACAAUAGAGACCCAGCUUCUUUGAUACGGGAACCGUUCGUGAGGUUAAAUUCUGGAACACAAGAAGCCACAAAUGCAAAUGAAUUGUGUAAAACUGGUAAAAAGCGAUAUUCAAAAGACAAGAAAGUUCAGAAGCCAUUGUGUGGGGAUAUGACCUCUGUGAAAUUCGUUGAGCCAAAUUGUAGGUCUCAACAUAACAAUAUGUAUGUAUCGAAUGCCUCUAUCCACGUGUGUCCGCAGCGACAGUAAAAGAAAGGCAGACUUUGCACAUUUUCCUGUUAAUUAAUAAGCUGAAAUCGAUAAUGAUAUAUUGUCAAUCCAUAAUCAAUUGAAUAAGCGACCAGAUCAUUUUACUAUUUUAUGUAUUUCAGGAUAAAAGUCGGCGAUUAAUUGUUUAUGAGAAAAUCCAUUAUAUUGAUAGUUCACAUUGCACAGUGAUUAGAAAUCAUUUACAUCUGUUCGAAUCACUCAAAAUUAUUCAUCAUGUUUAUGUUUUAUAGUUUAUUGAAAGUAUCUGAAACCAGUGGUA